AUGGAAAUUUUGGAUAAAGUUGCACAGGCAAUUUUUGAGAUCAAAAGCUACCCUGAGAAAGAGGAACUUGAAUCAGUUGCCUCUUCGCUGGUUCUCAAGUAUCCCUGCCUGAAGGAGCCAGGUAGCAUCACAGGCUACGAUGGAUGGAAAACAAGUAUCAAGUACAAACUGGGAAACUACCGGUCAAAGCUGCGUCAGGCGGGCUGCAGUGAGGUAGAUGUAAACAAGAAAAGAAAAGGAGAUGUGGAUGACAGUUCUUUCACCCUCAAAAAGCCCAAAUGUGGAGAGGUCAAUCAUGUCCCAGAUCAUCCGCAACACCAUGAUGAUUCUACUCUUGAAGAGGAAAGAGUUGCUCUGGUCGACGAAAUGAAGAAGAAGAAAAAGAACAUGACACUGAUCCGGCACAAGAUGGGGCUGACAUUUUCCCUGAGGCGGAGAGAGGUGGUGGAAGGGCAGCCUAUGGUAUCAGAGGUCCAGGAGAGAUGGCCUGCGCUGUUUUCUGUUGAGGAGGUAUCUGAAGAGUUUCAUCGGAUCACUGGCAAAGACCUCCUGGGGACUUUCGGUGCAUCUCUUGACAAAUAUGUGCCUCGCCUGCUGAGACUGUACCAGGCUAGGAGGGGAGCUUUUGGUCAGAAGAUGGAUGACCUCCUGGAAAAGCUUGAUGAACAGCAGCCUAAUGGCAAGGACACACUGUCUACCUGA